AUUGCUGUAUUUCAUUCAUUUAUACAGCUGACAACCCCGUUGUUCAAGUGAGAUGUCCGUAUUAUCGUAAAUUCGUAAAUUAUUACGGAUUGUCUUAGUUUUGCAUUAUAAUAUUUCUUGUUCACGUUGUAUUAAACCGUUAAAUAUAUUGGAUUAUUAAGAUGGAUAAAAGGAAACUAUCGACUGCGGGGGACAGCCUGUAUCAAAUACUGCAGGUCCCAAAAACGGCUACACAAGACGAUGUCAAGAAAAGCUAUCGGAAAUUAGCGUUAAAAUAUCAUCCUGAUAAAAAUCCCAACAAUCCUGAAGCUGCCGAGAAAUUCAAAGAAGUGAAUCGUGCACAUACGAUUCUAAGUGAUGCCACGAAACGGAAUAUAUAUGAUAAUUAUGGAUCUCUUGGUCUUUACAUUGCUGAGCAAUUCGGCGAAGAAAACGUCAACGCCUAUUUCGUAGUGACAAGCACUUGGUGCAAGGCCCUGUUUAUUGUUUGCGGCAUUUUGACCGGAUGCUACUUCUGCUGCUGCCUCUGCUGUUGUUGCAAUUGCUGCUGUGGCAAAUGCAAACCACGUCCGCCCGAGGAGUCUGGUGAUUACCACACACUGGAGCGGGAUGAUUCAGAUGGCGUGCAAGCCGUGACUGUGCAGCCGGGUGGAGAAGGCCGCCCCAAGGGUGAACAGGCGCCUCCCAUUGCCAUGCCUGCACCUCCUCCAGCUGGAGCUUCAGAAAACACCGGUUUGAACACAGGAAGCAGUAUUCCAAAAUACACAUGAAGUAUUUACAACUAGUCUAACAUUAUUUGUAAGAGAAACGAGGAACGUACUUGUAUAACCACCAGCAUGAACAUAGGUACAGAUGUAAGCCUAAAUAAAGUUAUUGUUCAUCAUUUUAAAAUAUUUUUUAUACGUUUAUUAUAACAUUUUAUUAUAAUUUUCACUUUAAAAUAUAUUAUACAUCGUAACAUUGUUUUUAUUAAUCAAUGUUUAUUAAAAAUGUGAAUUCGAUUCUUGCCGUAGAUUAAAAAAAAUUGGUGAUGGUGACUAGGAUUUUAGAUACUGUUAAUUUAGAGAUUAAACUUGUAAAAGGCCAUAUAAAAUAAUCAGCAUGUACCUAUGUAUAUUCAUGUAAAUAUUAUUAUUGUGUGACUAUAUCCAAACUUGUUUCACACGUAAGAUUUUUAAAUGAUAUCUAGUUUACAUUAUACUCGUAUAGUACGAAUAGUUCAAUGAUUGAUGUAUUUAUACUAUGUAUUACCAAAAAUAUUCGUCCAGGGCUUCCUGCAUAGAUUGCAUUUGCUUGUAGAUUGUUAUUGGCUGUUAGCGCAUCUAUGGCACUGUAUUAUCGUAGCUAUUCUGGUUGUAAUAUUUAUAUUACGUACUGAUAUUAUGUAAAUAAAGUAUAACAUUACACACCAA